AGGAGCGGACGCGCUCGUGACGCACAUCCGGCGUCCCACCUGAGGAAAAUGGCUGCGCCCCAGCCGCAGGCUUCGGCGGUUUCCUCGGCCGCGGCGGGCGUGUCGGGUCCGGGGUCUGCCGGUGGCCCGGGUCCCCAGCCGCAGCCGCAGCCGGCGCAGCUGGUGGGAGCGGCGCAGAGUGGCCUCCUGCAGCAGCAGCAGCAGGACUUCGACCCUGUGCAGCGCUACAAGAUGCUCAUCCCGCAGCUGAAGGAGAGCCUCCAGACUUUGAUGAAGGUUGCAGCCCAGAACCUGAUUCAGAACACUAACAUUGACAACGGACAAAAGAGCAGUGAUGGACCCAUACAGCGAUUUGACAAGUGUCUGGAGGAGUUUUAUGCUCUCUGUGAUCAGCUGGAACUCUGCUUGCGCCUGGCCCACGAAUGCCUUUCACAGAGCUGUGACAGCGCCAAGCACUCUCCGACGCUGGUACCCACGGCCACCAAGCCAGAUGCGGUACAGCCAGACAGCUUGCCCUAUCCUCAGUACCUGGCUGUCAUCAAAGCCCAGAUCACCUGUGCCAAGGACAUUCACACUGCCCUGCUGGACUGUGCCAACAAGGUCACGGGCAAGACCACUGCAGCCUCCACUGGCCCUGGGGGCAGCCUCUGAGGUCUUGGUAGGGGCUGGGACAGAGAGAAUGAAGUGUGGCCUAAGGCAAAACAGGUGGCCCCUGUUUCUGAUUUGUCAUGCCAGAGCAAUGUUGCUAUAACCAGCAGGGGGCAGCAGAGAUCUGCAGGCAGCACAGCUCUGCACUCCCCUCUGCUCCCUGUGCUAGGAUGGACCUCCCAGCUGGGCCUCUGACGACCUCUGUUCCAAGGACUCUUCCUCCUCCCUUACCUCCGUGUCCCACCUGGCCUUGGGUUUGGCCCUGAUGGUCCUUUAGACCUUCCUCAGUCCUUCCCAGUAUAUGCAUUCUUUUUUUUAACCCACCUUCCCCCACUCCUGCCUCUCUACCAUAAGGGGAACUAAAAUGAUGGUUACCUGGGGCUCCAGGAAAAGGAGAAGUGCAGAAAUGUAAAGUCUGACCUCAGCACACACAACCUGGGAGCAGCUUGGGUCCCAACUGGUCCCUGCGUCAGCAGAGCUCUAGCGGACAGCAUUGUGCAAUGUGUGGCGAGGCCUGCUCAGAGGGACUCCUAGGUCUGUAUUUUUAGCCCCAAAGCAGAAGUGAAAAGGCCCCAGCAGGAAUGAAUCAUGGGUUCUGGGGAAGAACCCAGCUCCUCCGGGAAACAGGUCCUGGAGAGGGGGCUUCAGGGAAGGAGGGAGAACCCCACAGGCACCCCACUUCCCAAGGACUUUGGGGAGCUACCAACCCAGGCCCAGCAGUCUGUGAAAGGCUGGAGUGACAGAAUGCUUGGGGAACUGCCCCCACCGAAUACCUUCUGUGCCCCGAGUCCCAUGUCACCAACCAGUCACCUCAUGAACUGGACCCUGUGCCUGCAAAAACCCAGAGACCCCACCCUGGGAACUCUGUAAAGCCAUCAAGUGAGCAGACCCUGCCGAGGCAUUCCUCUUCUGCCUGCCUUCAGUGCCAGGAAACCUGAGCUCUACCCGUUUGUCAUCCCCCUCCCUCCAAUUCCCCUGGCCACUGGGAUAAAAGUCACUGAUCUUGA